AAAAGAAAAACAUUCGAUUAUCAAAUUUAUCCCUAUCCAUAAGCCAAUUUUACAGAUAACCAAAAUUCACAUUCGAGAAUGGGUGUGAAAUUCAGGGGUUCCCUUCUCUUGCCUCAAUUCAUAGAACUUUUAGUGCAAUGAGCUACUAAAUUUCGAGCCUUUCUGUAACAGUAAUGGUGUUUUCGACCAAAGAAAUGCGUUUUCUCUACCUCUGUUGCUCUCCUAACCUAUGGAAACCGAGAAAACCGUGGAGAAGGCUUGGUACCAGAGCUAUGGUGGAAGAAGAUUUCUCAGGGGAAAAUGCAUACGAUGUUUUAGGAGUUGCAGAGAAUUGCAGCUUGGAGGAAAUCAAAUCUUCGUUUCGGAAGCUUGCAAAGGAAACCCAUCCUGAUGCACGAAUUCGGGCUGAUGCUGCUUCUACUGAUUGCUUCAUUCGAAUCAUGGCUGCGUAUGAGAUUCUUUCUGAUACGCAAAGAAGGACCCACUAUGAUAUAUAUUUGUCUUCUCAGAGAAGGACCUUGCAAAGACAGUGGGAAAGCAGUUCAGCCAUGUAUCCAGGUGAUCAUUUUGCCCCGCAUACCAAGCAGAUGGAAGUGGUGCAGUGGCUGAAAUGGUAUAGACAUGUUGUAAACGAUAUUGUGUCGAAAAAGGAGAUAGUGAUGGGAUCAAGCUAUCUAGAGAGGCUUGAAGGCGAACUUUAUGAAGCCAUUCGUGCAGCUUAUUUUGGGCCGGUUAUUGAUCAUAUGGACCUUCUGCCUGACUGUUUUGAAGCUGAGGAGAGGUCUGCAAUUGAAACAGCAGAGAUAUUACACUUGGUAUCUGGACGUGAUCUUUUCGGAGUCAUUUACAUAGCCAAUAAGGUUCUUAGCUUGUCAGAAGGCUCCUUGAAAACCUUGCCUUCAUAUGUGACUAUGGGACCAACUUUCUGUGCCUCUAACGGGGAUAGAAAGAUGCAUUUAAAUCUUGACAUGUCUUAUAAAACAAGUAAUGUAGCGGGUCAGUUAUUGGACAGUGAAGAAUCUAUCAGACGGAUGCAAAGUUAUGGAAGAUACCAUAAAGUUCAUGACUCAGAUGUGUAUAAGGAUUUAGAGUUGCAUAUUGCUGGAAAACUGGUUGCUGUGGCAACUAGAAUUCCUCCCAGAAGGCAUCAGAAUGGGUUGCAUUAUGAAGAUUCUCAGGACCAUAUACAUGUCUUUCUUAAUUCCACAGAAGAUUAUGAGGAUUGCACUGCUAGAUAUGUGCCAAAACCAUCAUCUGGCUGCUCAAAUCUUCUGGGGACAAUAAGUGGACUUGGAACAACCCCACAAGAAAGUUCAUGCUUUGUUUAUGAUGCCAAUGGUACAAAAACCCAUGUCAUCAUGAAACAUAGGACAAUGAUGGUGAAGCACAUGCAUUGGUAUCUAGUAGGUGAUGAUGUUGCCGCUUGUGAAUGCAGAUGCAGCCGAGCCUGGUUACCAUCCAGCAAAUUUUGGCUUUUUGAACCCCGUUGUGGCAUGCAUGACAUUGGUGGUUGGUACAUAGAGACCUUUGGUCGAGACAAGAAAGGUAAAACAGUCCCAUCCAAAAGAAAGUGGGAUGGCAGCAAGGCUGAUUCCAAAGUUGAUCUUACAGAAAGGAGUGUAGAGGGAAAAGUUCCCAGAAGACCUGCAAUAUUUGUUCAUUCCAAUAAAUUGACUGGAACUCACAUGCACAGAUCGACAAGUACCCUUCUAGUCCUAGUGAAAGAUUUAUAUAGAUUUAUCCAACUAUCCCUUCAUUAAAAAGUUUGACCCUUUGUAGAAUUCAAAGAAAUAGCUACUGAUGAAUUGACAAUCAAAUCUCUUUUAAUAGAUGUAAUUACAUAUGUAUGGAGUUCUGUGAAUGCAAGGCAUAUUUUUCUA